AUGUCGAAUGGCAACUCCAACGGGCGCAACACGCCCCGGAGCACCAUCGGCACCGUCAAAAGUUGGAACACCGGCUUCAGCGGGUACACCGAUGACUCCUAUUCCAUGUCGAACCGCCCGCUCGAAGAAGUCGAGGAGGCGCGCCUGCGACCGGGCAAUGGCAACGCCAGCAGCAACGCCAUGUCCGUCGCCGAGUUCCCCUGGAUGUCCACCGACAACUUCGAGCCCAUCCGCACGGAGAACCGGCAGACGCUGCAUGCACCGCCGCAGUGGUUUCAGGAGGGGCAGGCGUUCAACAAGCGUGGCGGGUCGAUACGGCGGAAUGCGAGUACGCGCUCGACGAGGAGUAUACCGCGAGAGAGUAUUGUGGAUUUGCAUUUGAUUGUCUCGGAUUUGGACUACUACGCGGGUGCCGUGCAUGAUUUUCAGGAAGAAGCGGAGGAGGAUGAGGAGUGGGAUUGGGAUGACGAGGAGGCACAGGGUGGUGAAUGGCCAUUACCUCAGAAUAGUGACGGAGCGACUUUUGGACAGAUUCAGAUCAUUCGUGGUGGUACGGUGAAGCGGGGUGCAUCAACAAGAUCGAAGAAGGGAGAGAAGGAUAUCAACCUCGUGACAUGGGACGGUCCUGGCGAUCCAGACAAUCCGAAGAACUGGGAACGAAAGCGAAAAUGGAUGGCCACCAUCACCGUCUCCCUCUUCACCUUCAUCUCCCCCGUCUCCUCCUCCAUGGUCGCCCCCGCCCUCGAACAGCUCCAACGCGACUUCAACACAGACCCCGAACAAGUCAACUUGGCCAUGUCCGUCUUCCUGCUCGCCUUCGCCGUCGGCCCGCUCUUCCUCGGCCCUCUCUCAGAACUCUUCGGCCGCAAAAUCGUCCUCCAACUCAGCAACCUCUUCUACCUCGUCUUCAACCUCGCCUGCGGCUUCUCCAACACCAUCCCCGAAAUCAUCGCCUUCCGCUUCCUCUCCGGUCUCGGCGGGAGUGCACCUCUAGGAAUCGGCGGCGGCGUGUUGGGCGAUGUCUGGCUACCUCAAGAACGUGGCAGAGCCAUGGCCCUCUACUCCCUCAUGCCCCUGCUCGGCCCCGCCAUCGGGCCCAUCGCCGGCGGCUUCAUCGCCCAAUACAGCACCUGGCGCUGGGUCUUCUACAGCACCUCCAUCGCCGCCGGCCUCGUCCAAGUCCUCGGCUUCUUCUUCCUCCCCGAAACCUACGGCGCCCAAAUCCUCGCCAAGAAAAAGAAAGACCUGAUCAAAAUCACGGGCAACAAAGAACUCCACACCGAAUUCGACACCCCGAACCGCAAACUCUCCUCCCACUUAGGAACCGCCUUCAAACGCCCCUUCAAACUCCUCCUGACCCAGCCCAUCGUGCAAGUACUCUCCCUCUACAUCGGCUUCGUCUACGGCGUCCUCUACCUCGUCUUGGCAACCUUCCCGCGCCUCUGGACCUCGCCCGCCUUCUACGGCGAAAACAUCGGCAUCGCCGGGUUAAACUACAUCUCCCUCGGCGUCGGCUUCUUCCUCGGCACCCAAAUCGCCGCCAAAACCGCCGACAAAAUCUACAAAUCCCUCAAAGCGAAGAACAACGACGUCGGCAAAUCCGAAUUCCGCGUCCCGCUAAUGUUCCCCGGGGCCGUGAUGGUUCCGAUUGGCCUGCUGGUGUACGGCUGGACGGCGCAGUACAGGGUGUUCUGGCUGGUGCCGAACAUCGGCGCCGCCAUCUUCGCCGCAGGGAAUCAGCUGGUGUUCCAGAACUGCCAGACGUAUAUUGUGGAUUCGUAUACGCGGUAUGCGGCGAGUGCGAUUGCGGCGACGACGUUGUUUCGGAGUUUGGGGGGGUUUGCUUUUCCGCUUUUUGCGAGUGCGAUGUACAAAGCCCUCGGCUACGGAUGGGGCAACACCGUGCUCGCGUCUGCGGGCGUCGCGAUCGGGUUGCCGGCGCCUUGUAUCCUGUGGUGGUAUGGCGAGGCGCUGCGGAAGCGGAGUCAGUUCGCUGCUGGCGGAUAG